AUGUCACCCUACGUCACGGACAUCUCGCACCCGGCUUCGGUCAAGUGGACGCGAGAGAGAAGUGAGUAUGAAGACAAGGGUAAAGCGUUGAGAAGUGGCAAGAACGCCUUCAACAGGAACUUGUUGGAGACUCUCUGCAAGUUCGAGUGGAAUACGACCGUGGAAGCGAUCACUGACGAGCAGAUUGUUGCUGAGCUCGACAAGAUUGUCGGAAAUAUUUUUGGCAACAAGUUGAAGAUGGACCUACGUGAGCGUGAUGUGAAAGCGAGAGUGAUUAACUACUUCAUGCUUUGUGACGAAAUCAUCUUGCAGCAUGGGCUGGCAAACACUUUUGCAACUACGACGGGAAUGAAAGAAAAGUGCCGAUUGUUGAAACAAUAUCUCGAGCCUGCAGCGCUGAGGGAUGCAGUAGAUGCGCAUCAUCCAUUGGUGGAGGGUCUCGGCGGGUCAAAAUAA